AAAUAUCUCUUAUUUUUUAGGAUUUCAGUAAAUUUUUAACUCUCCUGAAAAUGAGCGGGGUUUUAAAGGAAGGGGCCCAACUAGAUGCUGUUCUCCAGGGACAAUCUUUAUCUCAAGAAGACUCAGGGUCACGUGAGGGACCAGCAUCUAAUGCAAGACCAGGUAGACCAGGAAGAAGAGGACCUGGCCGACGACCUGGGGGAAGAAACCGUCCAAAUCGAAGGCGACCGAAUAGACCUCGUCCAGCCUUAUUCAAUGUUUAUGCAGAGGAUGAGUAUGAAGAUUACGAAGAUUACGAAGAUGAGGAGGAGGAGGAGGAAGUGGAGGAAGAAAAGAUAACAACGUUGGCCCCUGAACCUGCAGCCCCAAGUAGACCUGAAAACUCUCUGUUUCCCUCCAGGAGUAAAACUUCAUUUGCCGAGAGAUUCAGACCAAAGGUGAAUCUUGUAAACGUUCUUGACAACAAAAAGAAGUUUGAUACAGCUGAAGACGAAAAAUCUAUGAUAGCGAACGAAGAUACAUCUGCUGCAAAUGCAGCGGAGCUUGGUGAGAAACCAAGACGAAAUCCUUUUUCUAAACCAGAAAAAAGUUCUAGAACUGAGCCGACGAAAAGUGUUGGUCUGAUGACUCUGUCUGGUCCUGACGCUGAGGCACUUUUCCAAAGUUUGAUCCGUGACGAUCCCUCUGCAGUAGGCGUGGUGGAUACAACAACUCCGCCCCCUUCUAUCCAGCCUACUUCAAGUCUAGAAUCUACCACACAAGAACAAAGGCAUGUACAGCAGCCACGCGCACUGUCCCGGAAGUUCCUGUUUCCCCGGCCACGUGGUCUGAUACAAGAAGACAGAGCAGAGGAAGUAGUCGAAGAAGAAGAUGUAGAAGACGAAGACGAAGAUGUAAAAGACGAAGAAGAAGUUGAAGAAGAAGAAAAUGUUGAGGAUGAACAAGUUGUUGAAUCAAGAACUUCUGAUGAUAAAAGACCAACCCUGCCAGGAAGAUCCAGCUUCAGAAAUAAUUUCUUCAGAGGGAAAGGACGACCUUCCAGGCCUUCCUUUUUAAAAGCAGAGGAACCUGCAGAAGACGAGGAGAAUUCCAGGAAAGAACAACUAAUUGAACAAGAAGAAGAAAAAGAAGAAGAAGAAGUUGAAAAAGAAGAAGAAGUAACAUUUUCAAAACCUUCCAACUUUAGGGCUUCUAUGUCAAAAUCUAAACUUAGGGAAAGCAUCAGGAAAAGCGUUGAAAGCCAAAAAAACGCGGCCCCAGAAAUUAAUGAGAUUGAACCAAGGACUGAAUCUAAAAAUUUUAAACUUCUUGUAACUCCUCAUCCUGCCAUUGAAGAACCUGAGGAAGUAACUGAUUCUAAACCUGACACAAAUGAAAUGCCAGCUGUUGUACGUGGAAUCAAAAGAAAGCGGCCAAGUUUUGUCCGUCCUUCUUUAUCGGAAACAAAGACAGAAAAUAACAAUGAGAUCUCAACCGAAGAUUUUGAAGAUGUAACUGAUUUACCAGAACCUUCUGCACCUGUCAGGAGGAUCAAGGGGAGAGGACAAAGACCAUUGUCAAGAAAGGAGCAGACUAGAACUCAGGACUUGACACCCAUCCCCAAACCUAUGAAUAGCUUGCAAAAACUUUUCCAACCCCAGGAGACCACCGUCUCCGAACCUCUUUCAGAACCCACACUGCCUUCAGUAGAAAGCAGAGGAGAGACUAUAUUAGCCGCCGUAGUCUCUCUAUCUGCUACUACCGAAAGCCCGGCAGAAAGAGGACAGAAUCUGCUUGCAUCACUUUCUAGGGAACCAGCAGAGAAUCAAUUUACAAGAUUUAACACAGCAGGUUCAAGAUUUCCAGUAUUUGCAGCUACACCUGCUCCAGUCCCUUCACAGUCUUCUUUUGUGUCCUCUUCUGAUGAGGAAUUACCAAUUUCUUUGUCAUCCUCCUUUUCAUCUAGUCCAGUAUUAUCGCCUCAAACAAGUUCUUCCUUCUCUUCUGCUCCCUCAGGAAAUUUCUUUGCCCAAUUUCCAACCUCCCCAAGUCUAGAUACUCAAAACUUUCAGAGGAUAAGUUUUCCAGGUGUACCUGCAGUACCUAGCGGGGUACCAGCAGCACCAAUUGGAGUACCAGCCGUACCAAGGGGAGCUUCUCUAUCAAGGGGGUCGCCCCAAGAUUCAAGGGAUUCUGCGUUAGUUAACCGAGAGCCUGCGCAAUCACGCCAACCCUUGCCUUUUACCAGUUUUACUCAAAAUCCUCCUUCAAGUUCACAUGUGAGAGAUUUUCAAACUAGUUUCAGAGGAGAAGAAUCGCCUCAUGUUGCUCUUCCCUUUCUUCAGAGAGAAGAUGAUUCGUUACAAGGCGCUGCUAUCCCUGUUCGUGGUGAAUCCAACUUUUUGAGGGGUCCAACUCAAUUUACAGCGUUUAGGGAGGGACAAGCAAGAUCUGUUUUCCAACCUAGUAGUUCAAGUCAAGGAAGAACAUUAUUUCAAACAAAUAUUGCAGAUCAAGCUAGGACUGUUUCAACAACAGAACUAGGAGGACAACCUUUUCAACCUUCCCAGGCUGAUCAAGGAAGGUUUAGUACCCAAACUCUUUUCCAAAAUUCUGGCUCCUCAUUUCCAUUUCCUUCCCUUUUUGACCAGGGAAGCCAACAGUCGGCUCAUCUAACUCCGAUACAACAGACUCAAUCACAGUUUACACAAACUCCUAAUAGAUUUACAGCCAGAAAUCAAUUCUCAAGCCCCUUACAGGAUGCCUCAAGCUUUCAACUUAGUCCAACACUACCGCAGUCUCCUUUCCAAACUGCACUACACAGCAUUCCCACGCGGCAAUUUGUGAACCGAAGAGCUGAAGAUUUAGAAGACGACCCAAUGCAGAUUGUUGCAGAGCGCCUGCGCACAAGAUUAAGCUCUGUACUGCCAGAAGCAGCAAAUGAAGGAGAUGCUCUUGAAAUACUAAGAGAAAAGGUGAAUAGAUCAAAGAAUGCAAAUAGAGCGAGGGGUUGAGCGUUGAUAAAGAAUAUCCUGGCUGUUAAAACCCACAUUAAUUCUCAGUUCUUAGUCAUGUAUGCAAGAAUUUAUAUUAUAUAAUUAUAUAAACAUUAAACAUGUAAGAAGAGGAAGUGUAAUUUGCCUUGCAGUAGAAUUUUACCAAAUAUAUUGGGGCAUUGAACUUUGUUAAAAUUGUGUAAUAUUAUGAUUGAACAAAAAUAGUUCUGUUAUUGAUUUUCAAAAUUUAGUGUCCAUGUUAUGUAAUAAAAAUACAUUAUAGGAUAAAUAAUA